AUUGUUCUCCCUGCUCUGAACAUGUGGGUCAGCCGCAAGUGCUUCCAGCACCCCCAACGCCAAGGGCUGGCGGAGAGCAGGAGCAUGCCUGGAUUCUUCUGAGGCAUCAGGAAAAGCGUUUUGCAUAUUUUUCAUUGCUUUUUUUUUUUUUUUUUUAACUUUUUGCCUCAGAAAGACAGCUCCCUUUCAGAGCAGGAAUUUCCCUUCAAGGUAGCAGGAGAUGGACUCACGCUGCUCCAGGAUUUUACAGAACUGAUUUUGCUGCAAAAAACAAACGCUGCUUGCAACUGCCAGAGAGCAUAAACAGGGGCAGUCGCACAGCUAGACCAGGGGCUCAUUCCCGGACAGAAUGCAGUUAAUGGAUCCCGAAAGCCAAGUCAAGGAGACUGAUGACAUUGAGAGUCCUAAACGCAGUAUCCGGGACAGUGGCUACAUUGACUGCUGGGAUUCCGAGCGCAGCGAUUCCCUCUCUCCCCCGCGUCACGGCCGAGAUGACUCCUUCGACAGCCUGGACUCCUUUGGCUCUCGCUCCCGGCAGACACCUUCUCCAGAUGUAGUCCUCAGGGGAAGCAGUGAUGGGAGAGGAAGUGACUCUGAAUCCGACUUGCCGCAUCGAAAGUUGCCAGAUGUGAAAAAGGAUGACAUGUCUGCGCGACGGACUUCCCACGGUGAGCCGAAAUCAGCAGUGCCUUUUAACCAGUACCUCCCCAACAAGAGCAAUCAGACGGCCUAUGUCCCCGCGCCUCUGAGAAAGAAGAAGGCAGAGCGCGAGGAAUACCGCAAGAGCUGGAGUACUGCCACCUCCCCCUUGGGUGGGGACAGGCCUUUCAGAUACGGUCCGAGAACUCCUGUGUCUGAUGACGCAGAGAGCACCAGCAUGUUCGACAUGCGGUGCGAGGAGGAGGCCGCGGUGCAGCCGCACAGCAGGGCCCGCCAGGAGCAGCUGCAGCUGAUCAACAGCCAGCUGAGAGAAGAGGACGACAAGUGGCAAGACGACCUGGCUCGUUGGAAGAGUCGUAGAAGAAGUGCUUCUCAGGACUUAAUCAAGAAAGAGGAAGAGAGGAAAAAAAUGGAGAAGUUACUGGCUGGCGAGGAUGGGGCACGUGAACGCAGGAAAAGCAUCAAAACUUACAGAGAAAUUGUUCAAGAAAAAGAGCGGAGAGAGAGGGAGUUGCAUGAGGCAUAUAAGAACGCUCGGUCCCAGGAGGAGGCAGAAGGGAUCCUCCAGCAAUACAUCGAGAGGUUCACCAUCAGUGAGGCUGUGCUCGAGCGCUUGGAGAUGCCAAAAAUUCUGGAAAGAAGCCAUUCAACAGAGCCAAACUUAUCCUCCUUCCUGAACGACCCCAGCCCCAUGAAGUACCUGCGGCAACAGUCACUGCCUCCACCCAAGUUCACUGCCACAGUGGAAACUACCAUUGCUCGUGCCAGUGUUCCAGAUACCAGCACGUCAGCAGGCAGUGGGUCUCCAAGCAAAACUGUCACUCCCAAAGCAGUGCCUAUGCUGACACCCAAGCCUUACUCCCAGCCCAAGAACUCUCAAGAGGUUCUGAAGACCUUUAAGGUAGAUGGGAAAGUCAGCAUGAAUGGAGAGACAGUUCACGGAGAGGACGAGGAGAAGGAAAGAGAGGGUUCCUCAGUGGCCUCCACCGCAUCCUUAACCAAAUCCCAGCUGUUUGAAGGCGUGGCCAGAGUGCAUGGCUCUCCAGCGGAGCUGAAACAAGACAGCAACAGCAUCGAGAUCAACAUCAAGAAGCCAAAUCCUGGUCCCCAAGAACUGACAGCAACCACUGAGAAAAUGGAACCAAAUGGUCAAGAAGAUGAGAACGAUGACGGAAGACCAAGAAAUGGGAGUCCAGAACUUGCCUCAUCAGAGCCACUGUAUUUCACGACCACUGUGACUCGAUGCAGCCCGACCGUGGCCUUUGUGGAGUUUGCCCCCAGCCCCCAGGUGAAGAAGGAUGAGCCGGAAGAAAAAAAGGACCAGAAGAAACCAGAGCGUGACAUGAGUGGAAAGGUGGAGCUGGUGCUGUCACAAAAGGUGGUGAAGCCAAAAUCUCCAGAGCCAGAAGCGACCCUGACGUUUCCAUUUCUGGACAAAAUGCCUGAAACCAACCAACUACAUUUGCCAAAUCUCAAUUCUCAAGUAGAUUCUCCAAGCAGUGAAAAGUCACCUGUAACUUCACCUUUUAAAUUCUGGGCAUGGGACCCAGAGGAGGAGCGCAAGCGACAGGAAAAAUGGCAACAGGAGCAGGAACGUUUGCUCCAGGAGAGAUACCAGAAGGAACAGGACAAGCUGAAAGAAGAGUGGGAAAAAGCCCAAAAGGAGGUGGAAGAGGAAGAACGCAGAUACUAUGAAGAGGAGCGUAAGAUAAUUGAGGACACUGUGGUUCCAUUGACACUUUCUUCAAGUUCUGCAGACCAGCUGUCCACAUCUUCCUCCGUGACUGAAGCCAGUGGGACAAUGAGUAAAAUGGAGUUGGAAAACUGUCAAGAUGAAAAACAAGAGAGAAGACAGAAGAAAUCAUUCCAGGGGGAUGACGAUGACUUAUUGCUAAAGACCAGGGACAGUGACCCACUGGAGGAGAAGGGCAGCCUAACUCAAGGGACCAUGGCUCAUUCUGAGAAUCCUGUAUCAAAAGGGAUCCCUCAGGACCCUCAGCUGGAUGCAGAGACGGGGACCCCACACAGUGGGAUGAACCCACAGCUAGCUCAGGAUUCAUCCCAGAAUCAGCAAGUAUCAAGCUGGCCAGUGCACACUUUGGAAGAGGUGAAGCCCAAGACCCUCCCGCUGGAUAAAAGCAUCAACCAUCAGAUGGAGUCUCCUAGCGAAAGGCGGAAGAAGAGCCCCCGAGAGAACUUCCGGGCCGGGCCCUUGUCCCCCUGUUCUCCCACCCCUCCUGGCCAGUCACCCAGCAGGUAUAGGAGGUCUAUCAGUGGGAAGAAGCUUUGCUCUUCCUGUGGGCUUCCUCUGGGCAAAGGAGCUGCCAUGAUCAUCGAAACCCUCAAUCUCUAUUUCCACAUUCAGUGUUUUAGGUGUGGAAUUUGUAAAGGACAGCUUGGAGAUGCAGUGAGUGGGACGGAUGUUAGGAUUCGAAAUGGUCUUCUAAACUGUAACGACUGCUACAUGCGAUCCAGAAGUGCUGGCCAGCCUACAACAUUGUGACGUGGUUUUCAAGCUUCCAAAUCACUCCCCAUUUUUUUAUUGAGGGGGAUCCCCUGGCAACCACUUAACAAAAUCCCAAGUUCAGGGGCUUCCCAGCAUUCACUUAAUCUCUGAAAGGCUCUUCUAAAAGGUGGCAUCUGUUCUUCUGUAGCACAGUGUUUGUGUUUUUCCUGUUUUGAGAGUUUUGUUUUGUUUUUGCAUUUGCACCAUAUAUGCAAACACAUAUUGGGUUGUAAUAAUCCUGAAUAGUUCAAAAAAGGCUUUAGCAUGGUCAUACAGGCUUCUGGUUUCAAAUGUGCUAUUCCCCUCAUUGGGGACUAGCUACAUGAUGCCGUAAACCUGGUUUGUUUUAGAAUUUCUAGGAAUGAAAAACUUUAUGUUUACAGAAUUGAACUGCAGAGAGUGCAAGACAUGCCAAUUUGAGACACGUGGUCUUUUGAGACAGAAGAAUAUAUUUAAUGCAUUUCAGACAUUAAACAUUACAGUGAGCCCAGUCUCUGAGCUAUAACUUGUUUCUAAUGCAAAGUCACUAGUCUGAUAACAGAUAUUGUAAUCGUGAAACUUUUGUGUUACUUACCUUUUGAGGUAGAAAUGAUACCAAUAAAUUACUGCACCGUUAGUAUUAGAUUCUGUGUACCUUGGAAGUUAUGUCAUUAAUAUAGGCUGGUUCAUCCAAUAAAGAGAACCCUUGCAGUAUCAGCUACACUUACACUCUGGGACAUUACCCAUGGGUAGGAAGAAACCAGAGGGAAAUAUUUCAGUCAUCAUUCCCCAAGUUAUUACCAAAAUCUAUGAGGAAGUUUGAUCUUCCAAAGAGCCAUGGGUUGAUGACAGCCAUGAGGCCUGUGUUGCCUGCUUCCUUUCCAGGCAUGAGAUUCGGAAGGAGUCUGCAAUGACAGACUUAGGAGGCACAUGGAAUUUGAGGCAUUGAGAUAAGUCUGUCAUUAGGUGUGGCCACUGCUCACCGUUGUCUGCAAGUUCUCCUUGAGGGUCUGAAGCACAGGUAUCCAAGGAACAGCAUUAAGGCCAUCCUGAUAGAAUCCCAAUGAUAUAUGAUGUGUUAAACCACGGCUGUGUCAACAUCAAGAAGCCAUAACUGAAACCAUGCCUCGCCCGCUUUGCUGGAUAUGUCUUUCCUAUCAAGAGUCCCAGACCUUGCUCAUGGAGAAGUUUAGAGAGGAACUCUUGUGGAGAGUCGGUUGAUCUUCUGCCCUAUAUGAGGAGUUUCAGCUGGCCAAGAAAGGAAUCAAGUUACUAAAAAGCAUCACAAUUUUGAUCUCCAGGCUGGCGUUAUUUUUUUUUUUAGGACUGGGGAAAGGGGGAAAUAUUUAUUCUGCCUUAAAUCAAUGGCAAAUAAGUCAAGAUGACAUGUUGUGAAUGUAGACCUAUGAGUACACUCCUAAUAGAUUAAUGUAGUCGUAAGAGGUGGUCAAGUAGAUGUUUUUCUGUUAUGUAAGCAAUAAUAUUUUUCUGUGUUUUAUUGAGUAUGGCUAGCAAUUAUUUAUUUACAUGCUAGGUGGGUUCUUUGCAUGUGGAUUUCAUGUAGGUGCAGAAAUCUCCUCAGCCGCUGGAGGUAUUUUGACCAUUUUUGUCAUUUGGAAAAGUUGUUGUUAGAUUGAAAUCUACACAUCAUUUCAUUAAAAAUUGUGCCUUAGAAAAAUGCAAAGCUGUUGCACAGAGUCAGUGAUGAUUAUGGAUGCAGUACCUUGGAGAGAGAUGAAGUCGCUUCCAAGUUUCCAAGACUUCUCAUGGAGGUGUUUGCUGUUUUACAGGAAAAAAUAAAAGAAAAAGAAAAAAAAACCAGAAAAAGUUAAAAAGAAAAAAGUUUUAAAAAUGUACAGAUUACGUUCAAUAUUUUGAUUAACCACCUGCAUGUUUUAUUAAAUAUUUUGAUAAUGUGGAUGUUUACACUUUGCAUGAUAUCAGCAGAGUAAUCACAAAUAAUGCACAAAACAUGUACAAUAUGGUCAUUCAUAACUGGUUUUUCUAGGACCCUUUUUACACGUGGAACUCCAUCCGUUGUGUAAGGAGUACAUGAAUAUGGCACAUCCUCUUCCGGUUUCACAAACCCAUUUAUACAUAUCUCUUAGAAGACACAUUGUAUAGGUAUCGAAGCUAGAAUCAAGUAAAGAAACAGAAAGCCCCAUUCUCCAGCUGAAAAAUGUGCUUCUCAUCAUGAAUACUAGUCACCAGCACAGAAUAAUCUCGAAUGUUUUCUAAAUUCUAAUUGCCAACUGUUUCUAUUUAUAUUUGAUUUCUAUUUCAUUCAGAGUCUGUUACAUGGAUGUUUAGGCUGACUAGAUAUUGUGUUUUUUCCAACAGAGCGUAAUGAGUAUGAUCUAUUUCUUCGCAAAUAAUCUUUGAGAUCACAGGAGGAAAAAAAAUGCUCUGCUCUGUUGAGCUAUAAUGUAAAUGUGUUUGUUUAAAAGACAGAUGAGGCAAGUGAGUGAUUUAUUGUUCCUGAGGAAGUAUAUCUGAUUUUGUUUUCCUCAUAUUUCAAAAGCUAGUUCUUUCCCUUUCUUAAAAAAAAAUGGGUAACUCUGAUUUUCACUAGCAAACUUUCAUGACAUUUCUUCAUUGUUUCUAUGUAGUGUUAUUAAUGCAAUACAUAUUAUAGUUAUCUAUACACAGUGUAAGAUUUAAUGAACUGAAAUGAUCCACCUCAUAUGUGAGUCCGUCCAAAAGAUGGUCCCAUUCCGGAUGGGCCGAUGGUCUCUAUCAGUUACACUAACUUUCGUUUAAAAUAUUUAUUCUAAAAUGCCUCUGAGAAAUAGUAAAAAGAUAAAAAUAAAAAGUUGUCUAAAAUGCAACAGCUUUUAUAGUAAAUGUACAUUUAUAAAUAAAAUACUCAAAUCAA